AUGCGAUCUCUUCUGCCUGGGGCAAGGCCAGAUGAUCCUAAGAGUAAAAAGAAAGAUACAUGCUCCAUACUAGACGGCUUCUAUGAUGAAAAGAAUAGCACUGUCUAUGUAUUGGAUUUAUUAGCAUGGAAUAAUCAGCCCAUGACUGAUUGUGAUACUGAAUUUCGAUACUUUUGGCUACAAUCACAGUUUGUUGAAAAUCCUGAGUUGGGAGUCAUCAGUAAAAAGAAUAAAAUAAAAUUUUCAUUAUUGCCCAAAAUUCCAUGUUCGCCAGAUGAGUUAAACAAGUUCAUGAUGACUUAUCCAUAUUUUGAAAAUAACUCCCCUGCAAUGGACGGAUUACUGUUUUACCACAAACAUGCACAUUACAUCUCAGGGGAGACACCUUUAGUGGUUUGGCUUUUUCCUUAUAUGGUCCAGGAAAUUCUAGGGAAUGGUAAGUUGUUAAGCUGUUAUGUUGAAGUCUGUUUUUUAACCAACUUAACUUUCAUGAAACAAGAGAUUUCACUGUAA